UAGAGCGGGUCAUACUGUGGAAAAAGAUUGUUUUUUUUGCAAUCUCUUUUCGCACUCGCAAAAAAAAAGAAAAAAUAAUUAAAAAGAAUUCGUAAAUUGCAAAACCCUAGGCGGCAGUGCGGGAAUGCAGCAAACACAGCGAAAAACAACGAAUUAGUAAAUGAAGUGAACGCGAAAUAACAACAACAACAACCGUGAGCCGCAGCUCUCCCACACACACACACACACACGUCCCCCCCUUCCCUGUCCGUGUAGAGUUGAGUGUGCGAGUGUGUGUGAGUUUGCAAAGUUCGGACUUGGACACACACACACACAAGGCACACCUGUGCAGGAACUCGCAGGAUUGCUGGGCUGCCAGGCGACACACCGCGUCGAAAAGCCGCCAGGAGAACACCCACAGCUGGAAAGCUGAAGCUGGUCCUUCAGCAGAGCAGGAUUUGUCCAAGGAUCCACAAAGGAGACCAACCAACUGGAUGCCCGGCUUCCACCUCAAUGAGAUGGGUGAAAUGGUCCUGGACGCCAUCGAUGACAUCGGCGUGGUCGAUGUGUACGAUCUGGCCUCGGACAUUGGCAAGGAAUACGAACGGAUUAUGGAUCGCUAUGGGACAGAUGCCGUCAGUGGCUUAAUGCCAAAGAUUAUCAACACUUUGGAGCUCCUCGAGGCGCUGGCCACCAAGAAUGAACGUGAGAAUGCCACCAUUCAGGAGCUGCGGGAUAAGGUGACACAGCUGGAGAGCGAGAAGCUAGAGAAGGCCGAAUUUCGGCGCAGAUUCGAAAAGGAACUGGAACUCAUCGAGGAGCAGUGGCGCAGUGAGACCAACGAACUGGUCGAUUUGGUGUCCUCCCUUCAGGAUGAGAACAAGCGAUUGGUCAAGCAGACGCAGGAUUUGCAAUCGUCCUCCGCCCAAAGCUCUGGCCUGGGGGCCAGUCUCACCGAGAGCAUCAUUAGCAUGACCAACCAUGAGCUGCACAGUGCCCUAUCUGACACCCAGGUGUUGCAGCGGCUCAAGGAGCAGAUCUACAAGCAGCGGGAUGAGCUAAAGCAACGCGAGCGAGAGCUCCAGGACAAAUACAGCGAGCUGGAACAUCUCAACAUCCAAGCGGAGCGCCUGAAAGGCUCUGAGCGGGACACCCGGCGGCGUCACAAGCUCAUGCAGGCCCAGGUCAAGACGCUGUGCGAGGAGCGUGCCGAUUUUCUAGCCCAAUUGCAGGACCAAAGCCGCGAGAUCAACCAACUGCGCAAGCGCCUGGGCCUGGCCGAGAAGGAGAACGAGGAUCUGGUGGCCUCCUAUGACGAUGGCCAAAACGAUCCAAAUCGGCCACGUUAUACCACCCGUGAACUCAAGGAGCUAAUCAGCGAACGGGACGAGCUAUUGACCACCAUCGAUGGGCUGAAUGAGCAGCUGGCGGAGCUCAAGCCACCACCACCGCCGUCGUCCAAGGCCAAGCGCCAGCGACAUUUCUCCAGUUCCGAUGACAGCGACGAUGAGGACGAUGGUCAUGUGGCGGACAACGAUGACGACGACGACGAGGAUGAUGAUGAAGAGGAGGCGACCGAAGCGGAUGAAGUGGAGCCACCAGCCGCUGGAGAGACGCCGCCUGGACACGAUGCACCCGUGCAGGGACCUUUGCCAUACGAACCGGACGAUGCGCCGUGGAAAAAGAGCUCCGAGUCGGGUAUACGCAAGUUCUUCCGGAAACUUUUCUCGGAUCCAUCGGACGGCAACAAUACAUUCCCGAAACGUUCCUUGGCCACGCUCUCAAAGAUGGCACUGUCGGCCACGCCGGGCUCCGUUUCCGCCACCGCCUCCGAGGCGGCGAAUUUAGGCCAGUGUUUACUCCAUUUGAGCCUAUCACUGGCCAUUUAUCUGCUCCGCCUGAGCUGUACAUAUAUAGUUUACACACUCGAUUGCUGUGCCCUUGUAAUUCUAAGUUGUUAUGCAAUUUUAUUUACGUAAUAUGAGUUUUACGUUAUUGUUUCAAAUUUACCCACGUAACUGUACUUGAUUCUUUUGUACUUUUGUAUUUAUUCUAACUUUUAAAUUAAGAGAGAACCCAAAAAACACUUAUACAACACACAUAUGCAUAUGAAAAGUGUUCCAAAGAACAAGGAGAUCGAAAGCAAAUUGUUUGCCGAGUGAGUUUUUAAUGAAUUUAGAGACGAGAGAUGACUAACGCGUAACGAUUAACGAGUAAAGAAAAGACAUCAAACCCCUUAUAACUGUAACGAGUAACAAGUAACGAGUAACGAGUAAAGAAAAGACAUCAAACCCCUUAUAACUGUAGAAUCAAAUCGAAAACAAAUCGAAGAAUGAGGACCCCAGAGUUUUUUUUUAGAGAGUGUAAGACGAAUGAGAAGGUUUUUGCUUCAAUUAUCCGUAGUCUAACUAUCCCCCUUUGAUCCCAUUAACCUAAACACCUGCUCUAUCGCUAUUUCCCGAAUCUGUUUUUUGGAAUUGGAAGGUACUUUUAGCAUUCUCAUAGCAGUUGCCCCAAGCGGCCUUAUAUUACAAAUUUAUCAAAAAUGAAAAAACACUAAAAAUAUGCAAACGUUUAGAAAAAGACAUAUAUAUAUACAUAUAUAUAUAUAUAUUAAUUAUUAGCAAACGUUACAACCUUAGCGCAUUGUUUGUUGAAUUGAAUUAAAAAGAAACUAUCUCUAAACGAAACCAAACUAAACAAAUUAGAUUCCAUUGAACGCAUUAGAAGCGCCACAAAAAAUACAAGAUAAAGGAAAAUCUCAGUAUAAAUAUGUCUGAAUAUCAGCGAAUGUUUUAGCCAAGAGUUUUACCAUAUAGACUUAGCCACGCCAACUAACUGACCAGCUGUCUCUCUCUCUCUCUCUUGCUCUUGAAUUCUUGUUAUCGCCGCUUGAAGAUAUAUAUCUAUCUAUGAAUAAACCCUAUCCCUACUUUUCUUCUUAUUAAUGAAUGCUGUUUAUCGCACACGAAGCUUGCCCCAGACAGCUCUCCUAGCAACGAUUAGAUGGAGCUCUUUGUCCCCCCAGAUCAGCUGUCUCUGUUUAUUUGGUUUUUUAGGAAAUAUAAAUGAAUUCGCUUAAAAUAUUGGACCAAUAAAAUCGGCAGAAUAACAGAAUAAAAAAUUUAAAAAUUUCGAUAUUUAAAAAUACGAUAUUUUCGAUAUUUUUCAAUAUAUUAUAUUGGUGUUAUCUUUCUUUUUUUUUAGAAAAUGUCGAUAUAUUGAUACUUUAUCGAUAUAUAAACAAAUUCGCUUGAUAUAUAGGACCAAUACAAUAGGAAGAAGAGGCAAAUUAAAUCACACAUUUUGCUUAUUUUUCUAUAAUAUCAAAUAUUUCGGUAAUCAAAUAUUCUCUACAUCAAAGUAUACGAUAUUUUUGAUAUUUUUUCGAUAUAUUCUAAUAGAGUUAUCUUCUUUACUAUAAAACUGUUACUAAAGAUCCUAGUAACCCCCAGUUUUUCAAGCUUUUUAUAUUCUUUCGACACAGGACAGCCGGUUUGGGGUGCUCCUUGACUUGCGUAACAUAUCAGCUUUUGUCGAUUGCAUCGAUUUUUAAUGUGCCAAAGACUAAAUGUCACCCCCGCUUAAUCCUAACCAAACCCCAAACCAGAAAACCCAAAACCCAACCUGCAGCCUAUAAACUCUCCUCCAACAAUCAAAUCUCGUUUCAAUUACAAAAAAAAAGGAACAACAAAUUGUGGCAACUGAACUUUUAUACAUAUUUGAAUAUGAUAUAACGAAUAUGAUGAUAUGAUAUGAGCGUUAAGAUGGACUAACAAAAAAGAGUAUAGGAUCGCGAGCUACACGAGAGGAGUAGGAUGUGGUGGAGAGUAGGAGAGACAUUCGAGUGUGUUUGGUGAAUUAAUGUUAACUAAAUUUAUAUACACAUAUACACAUGCAUUAUACAUAAUAUACUUUACUAUAUACACUAUA